AUGCCCAAGAACGCAAAUCGGCAUUGCUGGAACCCUCAGGGGUUGGUCAGACGGCCAGCACAGCAACCAGAACAUCACCGCACCAGCACAACACAUACACUCUCCACCCACAUCUACAAGCUGCUCAAAACAAGUUUCCACCCGUUGGUAGACAACAAGUUCCCGGCUGCGGUGCCCCCAGUCACAUUGCCCAUCACACUGCCAACAACCAACAGCGACCAAACGACUUCCAACGAAGAUCCUACCCCGACAACAGCGUUGUUGACAGACCUCUACCAGCACACCUGCCAGAUUCGCUCUCCACCCCAAGUUACGAUGAACCGGCACCCCCAACAGCCAGCACACCCAGCACAGCAUCAAUUCUAA